GCGGGAGCGAGCGCAGGACCAGAGGCGGCUGCUCUUCCAUCAGCGCCGGCUUCUUCCCUCUGCUCCCUGCCGCCUGCGGAGGGAAGGGGCCGCUCCGGAGCCGGGCAGCUGCAGCCCUGCGCCUGGCGGGGGACCCUCCGCGGGCGGCGCUCGCCUCUCGCCGGCCUGGGCGGCUCCUGCGGCGGGGUUCCACCAUGUGCUCCUUUGAGAUUAGGAUGCACCGAUCACAGCUGAGCUCCAGGAGCCUAGUAUAGUGCUGGGCUGCUGAUGCGCAGAGAGCCUGCUGUGGGAUAUUGCUCCAACUGGGCCAUCCUGGGCCUGCACUCCUUCUCUCCUACCAGAGCCCAUGGACGCCCACGUGGAUCUCCUAACAGAACUCGAGCUGCUGGAUAAGGUGCCCACGUUGGAGCGGCUGCGGACAGCCCAGAAGCGCAGGGCUCAGCAGCUGAAGAAGUGGGCGCAGUACGAGAAGGAGAUGCAGCACAAGAAACGGAAGCAUGAGAAGAGGAGGAGCAUUGUCAGCCGCAAGAAGGUGUCUUUUGAGGCCAGCGUAGCUUUGCUGGAGGCGUCGCUGAGGAAUGAUGUAGAAGAAGUGUGUUACUUACUGAAGAACAAUAUCAGCCCGGACCUGUGCAAUGAAGAUGGACUCACUGCCCUGCAUCAGUGCUGCAUAGACAACUUCGAAGAGAUAGUCAAGCUUCUCCUCAACCACGGGGCUAAUGUCAAUGCAAAGGACAAUGAGCUGUGGACUCCGCUGCAUGCAGCAGCUACCUGUGGUCACAUCAACCUGGUGAAGAUCCUAAUUCAGCAUGGGGCAGACUUGCUGGCAGUAAAUGCAGAUGGAAAUAUGCCAUAUGAUCUCUGUGAAGAUGAGCAGACUCUCGAUGUCAUUGAGACCUGCAUGGCAUACCAGGGCAUCACACAGGAAAAAAUCAAUGAGAUGCGGGCUGCCCCGGAGCAGGCCAUGAUCUCUGACAUCCGAGGUCUGAUUGCAGCAGGUCAAGACCUGAACAGGACAGAUAUUCAAGGUGCUACAUUGCUGCACAUAGCUGGGGCUAAUGGCUACCUGCAUGCAGCUGAGAUGCUUCUCGACCAUGGAGCACAGUUAGACAUCCAGGACUGGGAUGGAUGGGAACCUCUCCAUGCUGCUGCCUUCUGGGGACAGAUGCAGAUGGCAGAGUUGCUGGUGUCCCAUGGGGCCAGCCUGAGUGCCAGGACGGCCUUUGAUGAGAUGCCAAUAGACUUGUGUGAAGAAGAGGAGUUCAAAGUGUUACUGUUGGAGCUGAAACAUAAACAUGAUGUGAUCAUGAAAUCUCAGAUGAGGCAUAAGUCCUCCCUCAGCAGGAGAACCUCCAGCACGGGAAGCCGAGGGAAGGUGGUGAGGAGGGCGAGUCUUUCGGACCGAACCAACCUUUACAGGAAGGAGUAUGAAAAGGAGGCCAUUGUCUGGCAGCAAAUGGGAGCAACGGAAGAACAGAGAAACUCAGGCUAUGCUGGAGAAAUCAUGGAGGCUCGAUCUGACCAAGAGAACACAGAUCCAAAUUCAGAGUUGGAGAAGUCUAUGCUCCUUCCUGAGUUAGCAACCAAAAGCACACAGAGUGACCCUCAGUCUUCCCUCCAGAAUGGACUCAGGACACCAGCCAGCAGUUACCAGUACUCGGUUUCCAAUGGGGACGUCUGGAAAAUGCACACAGCUCCAGACUGUAAUACAAGUCAAGCACUGCCCUACAGCAGCCCCGGUGUCCCCGACUCUCAGCAAAUCUGGGGUGGCUACAAGGAUCGCAGCCAUCAAACACUUUCUGAACUGAAGCGGCAGCGGGCUGCAGCUAAGCUGCUUAACCACACCUUCCUCAGCACCCACUUUGGCACCAGUGUGAGUGGGGUAGUUGAGAAUGGGGGCGAGGCCAAGGAGCACCUGAUUGAUUCCAGGACUUCUCCCUACAGCUCCAAUGGGACAUCGGUUUAUUACACAGCGUCCAGUGGCGAUCCCCCUCUCUUGAAAUUCAAAGCUCCCAUGGAUGAAAUGGAGGAGAAAGUGCACGGGUGCUGCAGGAUUUCCUAGUGUCAUCCAUGUCUCGCCUCAGAGGAGACUAAAAGUGGAUGGCCAGGUUGGCUUUAUUAUUGUGGAUGGGCUAUUUCCAUCCCCACAUGGGGAGAACUCAGUUUAGUUACAUAGGACCUGAUGGUGCCAGCCUCAUUCAUCUUGAAUAGUACCUGACCCUGCCAGUAACCCCGCUGCAAUCAAAUGAGUAAGGCAGGCAGAGUGAGGCCCAGAGUGGAGAAAUGAAGUACACAUCCUCACAUGCAGUAAAAAAAAGCUACCCCACUCUUCCUCAUGGCAGUGUUAUGAAAGGGACAUUGGGGGGCUCUCUACUCUAAAUCAUGAAGGGUCUUUGAAAGACAAAACCAUCUGAAUUAGAGUCCUCCCUUUCUGACCCUCCAGCUGGGAGCCACCCAGCUUCUGGAAUGCAACACACUGGGCCUGCCUCUCACUCAUGGCUGUGAUAGGUGUAUCCCCCGAGAAUGUGUGGUCAGACCCCUGCAUUUGUGCAAACAGCCCAGGAGUUGCAAGUGCAGACUUUGAAUCUUCGGUGUAUUUCAUUUGCUUACACAAAGGUGAAGCUGGGCACAUCCCCAGUGCAUGUACUUCGGGAAGUUGUGUGAUGCCUGCUUUGUGGCAGCCGACUGUCAAAAGCUGCAAACCAGUUUGUGGCCUACUGUAAUAGAAAGCAGGGGCUGUGCAGUGCCAUUGGGUUUGAAGCAGAACUCCUGAUGGAAAUCCAAUAGAAUAAACUCUGGCAAUAAAAUGCUGACUGACAGGGUCAGUAAUGGGAUAAGAACAAAUUACUUGUAUUACUAAGACCCUUAGAUUAGUGAAAUCCAUUCAUUUUUAACAAUCUCACCUUCCCUGUUGGUGCUGCUUUUUACUCUCUAUGCUUCACUCAGCUUAAAAACUAGUAUGGUCUCUGUUGCUUUCUGUCUCUUCUGCACUAGCAGAGUGCUAUUGUAUUUGGGUUUCCAGAACCGCAGGGCUCUGUUUAAAUUAGGAAGGAAGGGGAAAGAAAUACCUGCUUCCAGUAAAAAUGGCAUGGAAAUAUUUCCAGUCUCACUAGGUUUUGACACUCUUGUGUGUGAACCUGUGUUCUUGGGGCUAAGCUGCUCAAGCAUCUAAAUGUGUCAAUGCUAAAUCAUUGCUUUUGGUUGUUGAGCAUCACAAUAGAAUGGAAAGUUUUUUACAUUUUUCCCCAGCAUUCCAGUGUUUUUUUCAGACCCUAUGCUGGGGUCACCAGCAGCAGUAUGGUAGCUGCCAGCAAAAGGCUCAGAAAUAGUUACCUUGUAUGAGAGAGAAAGUGGCUUCUUUCACUGAGCAAAAGCCAGCAGCAGUGAAGUUUGGAGUGGUCUAGUAAAGUGCUGUUGGAUAGGAAGCCGGCAGCAUGUGUUAACUGUGUGCCAGGCUGCAUUUGAGGAAUCUGUGGCUUGCUGUAACAAGGGGUGUGCGAUUGGCAGGCCUGUUUCUGCAAUUGCCCUUCAGGGAGCAAAAUCCUCACCUGAAUGGUAGGAGCAAGGAGACAGCACCUAUCAGCAGAGCAUUAGCUCUAGGGAAUUGGACAUGACAGUCCAGAAUAAACAGGCAAAAUAUUCGCAAAAUGUUUUAAGUUGUAUCUACAAUAUAUUUCUCUGCACAAAGGGGCCAUUGCACACAGUCUGCAUGUGUGAAUGUUUAUCUUAUAGGUGCAGCGUAGGCCCCAAACUUGAAAAACACAGGAUUGUUUGGGUUCCUGAUGCCACCCUGAGCUAUCAUUGGGUAGAAUCCUGCUCACAGCACUGUAUCUGUUCUCCAGCUAAGCAUCUGCCAUAGACCAUGAGACUUCCAUGCAACUUCCUCUCUUUCCAGCUGCUAUUUGAGAGCAAUACUGUAUUCCCUUCUGGUAAGGGACUUUAAAUGUACCUUUCUCUUCUCUGACUCCUCCCCACCCAUCCUUUCAACCGUAUAUGGCUUGGAAAACAGGAGACACUGGCCUAAAGAUGAGGCAGCAUGUUAGUGAAGCCAUCCCACAACUAGAAACAUUGUUCCAUCUCUACAAGGGAGACUAGCAGUGUGUUAGUGAGACAUGUGUGGUGUUAUAAUGAACAGGGGCUUUUUAACAGUGGUAGGAUCCAGAGUUUCUCUAUCCUUAUAUGGGGGAAAGGAAGCAAAGGGAGCUCCACUAGGUACAAGCAGCAUAUCAAACUGUCUGGAGGGCUCACACACUCCUUGCUUUGUUUACUUCAGAGUUGAAUUUGAUGUCGCACUUUUUUGAAUGGAGCCUGUGUCUGCAGUGCCAUAUCCAGUGGCAAAGGGAUUUGGGCCCAUCUUGCCCUCUGCUGGAGAAGGCAGACAUUGCACAUUACAGUAUCUGCGUCCACCAGGCAGGGGAGAUGAGCAUUUGUUACCACAAGGAAGGUGCCAAGGUGUAUUGGCAGAUGUUGGAGCUUCCUCUCAGGCUGACGCUUUAGUCUUUUGGACUCUGACAAUCCACUUAUCCUUCCUUUCCAUUUUCUCCCUAAAUGAAGAGAAUUUUGGCACAGGGGAUAGAAAGUCAGGUCAGAUUUCAGAGGGUCUGUUACAGCGAAGGCAUCUUUUCCUAAUGUAUUUAAUAACAUACCCAGUCACUCCUCCCCAUUAUCCCAGGGAUCCUGCCUGACACUCCUGCCCCAUUUUCGAGGGGCUGACCUGCUAUUCCUGUUCCAUUUCCUGAUGCCCUACCUGCCUUGGCACUCCACUGCUGCAUUGUUUGAACUUGUAUGUUAAAAAAACCCAAACACCCUCUAAGCUUAUUGGGCCAUCAGGGAGCUUCCCUCCUAUUCUCCCAACUUAAAGGAGUUGAGCAGAUAAUUGAAGAGUCCCGUGCAGCUAACUGUGUUGGAGGGUGUAUGUAGGUCUGGUGGUGUCAUAUAACUACCCAGAGUUCCAGGGAACGGAACACAUCAAGUUUUCUGGGACAGUCUUAGCAACUGUAGCCUCGAUAUCAUGGAAUGAAGAUGUUCCCAUUUUACUAGGGAAUGUCCUUUUCCCAUUUACCCCCACUGGAAUGAGAAUCGCUGGAGCAGAAUUAUCCUGGUGGUGCUGCUGCACAUCAGUUGCAGCCGAUGCUAAGCUUUGAACAGUUGUGAGCUAUAUUCCCAGUGAUAGAUGAUAUCAGGUCAUGGCCUGUUCCUUCUCACUCACACCAGGCAUAAAUCAGAAGUGACUCCAAUGAAGUCCGAUUAUACCGGUGAAAGUGAGAGGAGUAUUGGGCUUUACAUCUCAUUCCAGCCAAUAGAAAGCAGACACUUGAACGCAAUGGAAUUAUAUAGUUUGGGGCUUGCUUUUGUUGACAGUGGUUAGUUACUACACUAAAGCAGUGUGAACCCAGCGUAAUGUAGACAAAUGGCUCUGAUGCAUCAAUAUGACAUCUCUGAUUAACAUAAUCUCCAGGAUUUCAUUAUUCCAGCUAAUGUUGUGAUGUCUAACUAAGCAACAAUGGCUUUACUAUUGGGGGUGUGGAAGAGAUGCUA